UAGUAAUUACCACUAUUUAAGUAUUUAACUAUUUAGUCUUUACUGCAAAGUGGUAGGUAGCAGAUUACUCAGUAGCAAGUCAAGCUAGCUGACGGAAACAGAUUUGUGAUUUAGGAAUCGUGAAGAGAUCUACCUAAAAGGUAUCAUGUUCACAAAUAAAGUUGUUAUUGUCACUGGUGCUAGUUCUGGAAUUGGGGAGGAAACUGCAGUUGAGUUUUCAAAACAAGCUGCUACUGUUGUUAUAACAGGGAGAAACAAGGAAAAACUAGAAAAAGUUUUUUCAAGGUGUCAAGAUGUUUCUCCGCUUAAGAUGAAACCUUUACUAAUAAUUGCUGAUUUAAAUAAUGAACAUGAUGUGGAGACUAUAAUUAACACAAUAUGUAAUUUUAAGAAGAUUGAUGUUUUGGUCAACAAUGCUGGUGUUUUGGAAGCUGGUACUAUAGAAAAUACUUCACUAGAGCAAUAUGACAGAGUUAUGAAUACAAAUGUUCGCAGUCAAUAUCAUUUGACAAUGCUGGCCGUUCCGCAUCUUAUAAAAACUAAAGGGAACAUUGUGAAUGUUUCCAGUGUAACUGGAAUGAGGUCAUUUCCUAAUUGUCUCGCCUACUGCAUGUCUAAAGCUGCAUUGGAUCAAUUCACUAGAUGCAUUGCUCUCGAGCUAGCACCAAAGGGAGUAAGGGUCAAUGCUGUAAAUCCUGGUGUUAUAAGAACAGGCCUACACAAGAAAGGGGGUAUGAGUGAAGAGGAAUAUGAGGCGUUUUUGAAUAAGUGUGCACAAACACAUGCUCUGGGUAGACCUGGUGAAGCAAGUGAAGUUUCAGCAGUGAUUGCUUUUCUGGCUGGUGAUGGAGCAAGCAACAUAACCGGAGCCUCACUGCCUAUUGAUGGUGGUCGUCAUGCGAUGUGUCCAAGAUAAUUUUUGCGUUUGAUUCAUUCAUUCGUUCAUUCAAUUAAUACUCAUUUAAUAAAUUUAUACCCUACAAUACUUAUUUUGGCAAUAUAAUGUAUUUUAAAA